AAUCACAAUUCAGUGCCAUUAUGCAACGUCACCGCGCAGUGCAGGCCUCCAGCAUUUAACUCAACAAUUGCAUUUAAAAGUUAACCAGUGAUAUAGUUUAUUGUUACAUUCGAGAUCAGACAUCAGACCCGCAGAGACGACAGGCAAAAUGCUACGCAGCUGCCAGUUAACCCUCUCCGCAGCCAAGAGGAGCCUUCGCGAGCAGUUCCAGUUGCAAGCCCUUCGUCACCAGCAGACUGCCAGUAAAAUGGAGAAAUUCGAUCUGCCCAAGCGACUGCAGGGUAGCACGCCCAGCGUCUGGAACGAGUACAUUGCCCUGGCCAUGCAAUAUAAGCCCCUGAAUUUGGGACAGGGAUUUCCCGAUGAUGCCGCUCCCGAAUACGUGACCCACUCGUUGGCCGACAUUGCCAAGGAGGAGAAUCCUCUUCUGCAUCAGUACACUCGCGGUUACGGUCAUGUUCGCCUGGUCAAUGCGCUAUCCAAGCUGUAUAGCGGUCUCGUCGGCAAGGAGCUAAAUCCCCUCAGCGACAUCCUGAUUACCUCAGGUGCCUACGAAGCUCUCUACUCCACCAUCAUGGGCCAUGUGGACGUGGGCGACGAGGUGAUCAUUAUUGAACCGUUCUUUGAUUGCUACGAGCCUAUGGUCAAGAUGGCCGGUGGAGUGCCCCGCUUUAUUCCCCUAAAAUUGCGCAAGGCAGAAGGACCAAUCAGCUCUGCUGACUGGGUGCUGGAUGACGCCGAGUUCGAGAGUCUGUUCAACUCUAAAACAAAGAUGAUUAUCCUAAACACACCCCACAACCCUAUUGGAAAGGUCUUCAACCGGAAAGAGCUAGAGAGGAUAGCCGAGCUCUGCCGCAAGUGGAAUGUGCUGUGCGUCUCGGACGAGGUAUACGAGUGGUUGGUGUUCGACGGAGCCGAGCACAUCCGAAUCUGCACGCUGCCGGGCAUGUGGGAUCGCACCAUUACUCUGGGGUCAGCGGGCAAGACCUUCUCAGUGACUGGUUGGAAGAUAGGCUGGGCCUACGGACCCGCUGAACUGAUUCGAAACCUGCAGAUGGUGCACCAGAACUCUGUGUACACCUGCCCAACGCCGCUCCAGGAGGGCGUCGCACGCAGUUUCGAGGUAGAACUGGCCCGUUUGGGUCAGCCGGAGAGCUACUUUCUUAGCCUGCCGCGCGAGCUCAAGCAGAAGCGUGACUUCAUGGCCAAGUUCCUGUCCGAAUCCGGUAUGCGUCCCACCAUUCCUGAGGGUGGCUACUUUAUGCUGGCAGACUGGUCACCACUGGCGGACAAAAUCGAUCUGAGCUCUGAGCCGGACAAGCAUCGGGAUUACAAGUUUACCAAGUGGAUGACCAAGAACAUGGGCUUGCAGGGCAUACCGCCAAGUGCCUUCUACAGCGAACCCAACAAACAUCUGGGAGAGGACUUUGUGCGCUACUGCUUCAUCAAGAAGCAAGAGAACCUGGAUAAGGCGGCCGAACUGCUGUCCAAAUGGAAAUAG